GUAACCUUUACAUAAUGAGCGAGUAUUUUAUGUAACAGUUGUAAAAUAUCAUUACGGAAGCCUUAUGUAAUAGACGAUGCUUUUACGUAAUGAAUAUUAACUUAGUGUUACGUAAAAUGAUAAGUCGUUACUGAAACCUUCCGUAACACUUCUAGUUUAACUGUUACGUAAGACUAACAAGCAUUACGUAAUUGUUACGUAAUAAACAUUAGUUUUAUGUAAUGUGACCUAUAAAACCUGCUAUAGCAGAUAAAAAAGUCAAGUUAUAAUAACUUCAAGCCAUGGUAGGAGAUCCCAUCGGUUAUUGAAUCUACGUAAUUAUUUGUUACCAUAUCUGUAGCUUGACUUACAUUAUGCUCGGUGCGCUUGAUAACCUUUUCAGUAAGAGGACACGUACUGAAAAGAUAAUUAUAUGAAAUUAAUCAACUUUUUUUCUCUGAAGAACAAUAAUAAGAACCAACUUAAAACCCUUUUCGUGGCCAGCUGUUUGCUUUCUGGCCCUCUUGGAGAUAAGUCCACCAAAUGUAAGUAAUCAUUAUGUGCCCGAAUCACUCCAUUGCGUUUUAUCAAAAGAAGGCCAGCUUAAUGUGACGAGCAAUUGAAAAUGUGCACAUAGUGUUCAAAAAAAGAUUCAAGACAUCAUUAAAAACGUAAAGAGAGGAUGUCUGACUUGGAGAUUUUCAAUAUAUUUGUAUGAUUCGGACUUUUCACAAAUUAAACAUUCAAACUAAUUUUUUCGAUCUAUAACAUCGCGACCUCGAUUAUGCAUCAAAUUUACGAAAUUGGCCAAACUCGAGACGUGUCACGUCACUGCCAAAUCAGCACUUAUGUUACCCAAUUCGCCUACUUUCCCUUCACGCUCUCGUUUUUAUUGUAGAUGAUUGUCAAAAUCAUUCAACCUCCAAACAGUGAUCACAAUUUCUAACCUAGGGUAAAAUACAUGGGAUACCAUUAAAGUUUUUAUAAUUGGUGGAGCUAUACCACUAAACUGAAAAUAGUGCACCGGGUAUCACUGAAGUCCUUGAAUUGUGCCUCCAUCCAAUUUUUCGUUACUUUGACUAACGGUCAAAAUAAAAAAUUGUUUUUUAAUUAUUGACUAGUGACCAGAGAACUACUGACCAAACCAUCCAAAUCAAACCAACCCACACCUCAAACCACUUUCACGUCAUCGGCUUCAUCUACUCCGUUGUCAACCACAUCCCUGAAAUCCCCUCCAAUCUCAUAGCUCCACCACUUAAUCCCAUCUCCGCCUCUCUCCCUCUCCACCCUCUCUCUCUCUAUCCAUUUGAAGACAACUAUUGAAAGAGUGAUAUUUUUGGGCCUAAAUCUCGAUUCACAGAGAAACGUUGGCAGGGGACUGCUGGAUUAAUUUUUUAACUUAGUCUUCAGCCUGCAAUCCGAAUACCAUGUUCAAACCUCUAAUUCUCUCAUCUUAUUCUUCUUUUUGUAUAUUCUAUUCCUUUGUUUCUGUUGCUUUGAUUUUGAUUUCCUUAUCAGUUGGUUGAUUACAAUGGGAACUUUAUUAGCUUCUUCCCAUCCAUGGAUCUUUGCAUUUCAUCUGAAUAUGAGUUUUCUUCUGCUUCUGUUAAUCAGUGGAGUAUUGAUUUUGUUGGUGAUGUGUUUCCCAUAGAGGUCAGCUUCUUUUUAUAUUUCUUAUCCCUUUCACAACUGGGUUUGGCGGCGGACGAGUACACCGGUCACGGCAAGGAAGCUGAAGCAAUUGCCAUCGGGGAGACAGGGGUGAGGGUGGGGUUGGGUGGCUUGGUUUGUAGCUCUCCGACCCAUGGUCAGCAUUUAUGUGACCAGAUAAAUUAAUUUUUUAUUUGGACCGUUAGUUAAAAUAACGCAAAAUUGGAUGGAUGCACAAUUUAAUGACUUCAAUGAUACUCAGUGCACUCUUUUCACUUUUGUGGUAUAGCUCCACCAAUUGUAAAACUUUAAUGGUAUCCCAUGUAUUUCACCCUUCUGACCUAACCCGCUCGAUCCGACCUUUUUAGAAUGGGUAUUACCAGACCCGUAGUAGAAUGAGACGCGGUAUGGAUACUACAUCUUACAUUCCUCCGUUUCGUCAUGUUCUUGAAUCGAUCUAUAAUGAUUUUCAUCCAUAUCUACCUAUAUUUCUCCUUUUUUAUUUUUCUAAAACCAUAUUUUUAUCCAAGUAAAUUUUAAGACUCCAAUUUCAAAUAUUUACCUAAAAACACAAUUUGAGAUAUUCACAUUACACAUAAAUACAUUUAUGGUAAUGGAUGGGAAUAGCCAAAGGUAACAUAGCCUAGUGGUGAAAUCACUGGACCAAUUGAGCUCUGGAUGUGGGAGGUCCUGAAUUCGAUUCCCAGUGGCGCCACUUGAGCGUUCCCGGCGGCACCCUUGGUAUCGGAGGCGAAGCCUCUCCGAUGUUGGUAGUAGAAAGCCCCUGUUACUAUGCAGGUACCCCAAGUGGUUUAGUAGGCCCCGCUAUUAGGGAUGGACAACGGGAAACGGGUAUUUGGGAUACCCAAACCAGUCCCAUUUUUUGAGGGUUACGGGUACCCAAAUACCCGUUAUAUUUGUUGCGGGAUGGGACUUGGGAUUAAGAAUCUCAAUAUCGGGUACCCGCAGGUUACCCGCUAAUACCCGUUUGGGUAGUUUGGGUACCCGUAUUACCCAUUAAGAUUUAUUAAAUUUCAUUUAGACAUUUAGUCCAAAACUGAAACCCAAUUCCCAUCCCAAGAACUCCUAUCCGAGCUCAGCUCAAGCCCAGUCGCUAGUCCAAGCCCAGGCCUUGGGCGACUACUUGGCUUCUGUUGGUUGCCCGCAAAUCACAAAUCAGUGACUGCUUCUUGUUCUCCUUGACGCAGUUGGUCAGGAGGUAGCUGGGAAUUUUUCCAUUUGUGUGCGCAAGAGACAGUAGCUUCUUUGUCUUAUUAUUUUGUACUUCAAAUUUUAUUUUCAUUUUCAAGGACAAGUAGACAGUAGCUAUAUUUAUUAUGUCUUAUACCAUACAGACCGUAGCCCUAUUUUUAAUGCUUAUUUUUGUUUUGUUUCAAGUGUAAUAUUGUUAUUUUGUUCCAUGUAUAAUUUUAUAAAUUUCUCAUGUUAAACGGGUAUUAACGGGUAGUUUGGGUACCUGUUAUCCGUCCCGUACGAGUAAACGGGUACCCGUUAUUCUUUUGGGUUUGGGAUAUGGGAUGAAUUUUGCCCUCCAAACGGGAAGGGUACCCAAUCUCAUCCCGUUUUCCACCUCUACCCGCUGUGGCUCAAGCGGCACGUGGGACUGAGGUUCCCCGGGUUAUAAAUAAAAAAAAGUAAUGGAUGGGAACAAGAGAACUAGAUCACAAGACGACGGAACAGCCUAUCUAUUAUAUUUCUUCGCAUCUUGACUUUUCAGCACAUUUGCCAAUUGCUCGCCGCCACGGCCACCCAUCUUAUAUCCACCAAUAACCCUCUCUCUCUCUCUCUCUACCCAAUGGGCUCCCGCUCCUCGCUUCAAUCUUCCCCAAGUGUGGACGCCGACGCUGACGCCGGAGAACAGCAACCACCACCAUGGCGAGAAAUAGUGGGCAGCAACGACUGGGACAACCUCCUCGACCCUCUCGACCUCACCCUCCGGCAGCUCAUCCUCCGCUGCGGCGACUUCUGCCAGGCCACCUACGACGCCUUCAACAACGACGCCAACUCCAAGUUCGCCGGCUCCAGCCGCUACGGCAGGAAGAGCUUCUUCCUCAAAGUCCUCCUCCAAGACGCCCAAAACUACCAAGUGUCCUGUUUCCUCUACGCCACGGCCAGAGUGAGCGUCCCUGAGGCGUUCCUCCUCCACUCCCUGGCCCGUGACGGCUCUUGGGACCGCGAAUCCAACUGGAUCGGCUACACCGCCGUCACCACCGACGAGUACUCUGCCUCCAUCGGCCGCCGGGAAAUCUACGUGGCGUUCCGCGGCACCAGCAGGAACUACGAGUGGGUCAACAUCCUCGGCGCCCAGCUCGAACCCGCCACCGAAUUGCUCGCCCCCGUCACCGUCACCGCCGCAACAACGCCGGAAAACGACGCGGCAUCGGCCACUUCCUCGAGCAGCGAUGAAGACGACGGAAGCAACCCGAAAGUGAUGCUGGGUUGGCUGACGAUGUACACCUCCGACGACCCAAAUUCCCAAUUCACGAAACAGAGCGCCAGAUCGCAGCUCCUGGCCACCAUCAAACGCCUCCGGGAGAAGUACGCCGGCGAGGAGCUGAGCGUGAUUUUGACUGGGCACAGCCUGGGGGCUUGUUUGGCAAUCCUCGCUGCCUUCGACCUUGUUGAAAACGGCGUCGUAUCGGAAACCACCCCAGUGACGGCGAUCGUGUUCGGCAGCCCGCAGGUAGGAAACAGAGCAUUCGACGACAGAGUGAAAUCCCUCGGCAACCUGAAAAUCCUCCAUGUACGGAACAAAAUUGACCUCCUGACGCAUUACCCCGGCCCGCUGCUGGGAUACGUGUCGACAUCGACGACCGAUCUGGUGAUCGACACCAGGAAAUCGCCUAGCUUGAAGGAGUCGAUGAAUACAGGGGACUGGCACAAUCUGCAGGGGAUGCUGCACGUGGUGGCCGGUUGGAACGGGGAAGAAGGGGAGUUCGAGCUGAAGGUGAAGAGGAGCUUGGCUCUGGUGAAUAAAUCGAGCGAGUUUCUGAAAGAAGAGUAUUUGAUUCCUGGGUCGUGGUGGGUGGAGAAGAACAAAGGGAUGGUGUUGGAUGAGAAUGGCGAGUGGGGGUUGGCGCCUCCUGAUGAUGAAGAUCUUCCUGUUCCUCCUGAUGAAGAUGAGGAUUUGUGAUUGGUGUGAGAAUGGGUUUUUUUGAGUUUGGUGUUUGUGGGAUUGUGAGGAACGAAAGAGUGAAGAGUUUCUGUGGUUUGAAGUGUUAGUUUGUGUGAUUGGGAUCAAGUUUGCAUAUGCUAUGUUCCUCUAACUUUGUUCUUGAUAAAUGUAUCAUGUGUAAGUGUUGUUCAUAUUGGAGGCUAUCAAAAUUUGAAUCCAUGAAGUCUUUGUUGGCGAAGGUUCUGAUACAAUAUCGAAAUCAAAUUUACCUCGAUAACUACUUGAAAUAUCAGUAUGAUAUGAAGGUGAUAAAUUCAUGCUAAUAAACUACUUGAAAUAUCCAUUUAUCCUAAUACCAUUGUAUAAUGGCUCCUAAUAAAACGCUUAGAAACCA